AUGGCGGAUGUAGCAAAUCUUCCCGGCGCUUCUUCCAGUCAAAAGAUGUCGUCGAAACUUUUGAGGCAAAAAGCUCAAGAAUUUUUGACUUCGAGAAAAUACGCAAAUAAUCUAGUAGACAUAAUUUCUCAAUGGGAUGAAUCCACUUUGUCCUGCCUACUUACAAUAGAAACAAUAUUCGUCGAAGUUCUAAAAAGAGGUGACAUGUACUUGGAACGUACAAUAUCUCUUACUAUUUCAGAGCCAAGUCCUGAAGCAAGAUAUAUCAAUUGGUUGAGGAACUAUUAUGAAGAAUUAUGGGAAAAGAUACUUGCAUCAAUGGAAAAAUAUCGACCUGCCGUUCAACUACAAGCUCUCACUACGGCUUUAAAGCUAAUGGCUGAAGAAGGUAAAAAUCCAUUGGAACCAAUUAGCAACUUGGGAUAUUAUUUUCCAUUUCAUCGAUUAAAGCCCAUUUUGAUGAAGUUACUUUCACCGGAAAAGGAUAAUGCUAGUUUAAUAUCUAGAUUUCAAGAAAUUAUAGAAUAUCCUGACGCUCUUUAUUACACAUGGAAAUGUCUUCCAUCUCUUACUCCAAAAAGACAACCACAUGAAAUUUAUGUUAAGAAUUUGUUGGAACUUAUACAUAAAUUAUCACUGCCAAAAGAAAUUGAAGCUACAAAGAAUUUUAUAUGGGAUCAAGCAGGAGCAAGACGUGCAUUAAAUAAAGUUUGGGCUUGUGUUAUGCAUUGGGAAUUGACACCAGAAUUACAUAAACAGUUAUUAAUAGUUCUUUUAGAGAGAGUUAUGCCACAUUUGGAAAAACCUGUUUUGCUAACAGACUUUCUUAUGGAUUCCUUGGAUGCAGAUGGGCCUAUUGGCUUACUUGCAUUACAAGGUGUAUUUUUAUUAGUUACUAAACAUAAUUUGGAAUAUCCUAACAUUUUUACCAAACUUUAUUCUAUGUUUGAACCAGAAAUAUUUCACACAAAAUACAAAGCACGUUUGUUUUACCUAUCCGAUCUUUUCCUCAGUUCAACGCACUUACCAGAAGCAUUAGUUGCUGCCUUCGCAAAAAGACUUGCGCGUUUAACUCUUGUAGCACCACCUGAAGAUAUUCUUAUCAUUUUAUUAUUCGUAGGGAAUCUUUUACUUAGGCAUCCUGGUUUGAAACGUCUCAUUGAUCAUCCACAAGGAGAAAUUUCAGAAGAAAAUAAUGGUGCUGGAGACCCAUUUUUAAUGGAAGAACGAGAUCCUUUAUUAAGUAAUGCUCUUCUUAGUAGUCUUUGGGAAAUCAAAGCUUUACAAUGUCAUAUAGUACCAAGUAUUGCUAGUGCUGCACGUUUUAUUCGCGAGCCCCUUCCUUCUGUAGAAUAUGAUAUGGCAUCGGCUUUAGAACAUACGGGAGGCCAUUUAUUCGAUAAUGAAUUAAAAAAUAAAGUUAAAGAUAUUAUGUUAACAUUCGAAAGACCCAAUUCAAUGGCAUUACCAAAAGGUGAAAGAUUACUGCAAUAUUGGCAAUUAACUACAAUGCACUGA